GCUGUUAAGGGAUCAACACUCUGUUACAAAGAUGGAGUCCCCCCUGACAGAACUUCCCACAUUGCUGCCCAAUCGAUCCAUGGAGAGCUGCCCACCUGUGGACAGUACAGUGGAGAACAUGAUCUUUGGAUUCUACUACAUUAUAGUUUUCCUUCUGGCGCUGAACGGCAAUAGCCUUGCCCUGUGGAUCUUCGCCCGCCAUAGAGGAAACUCUUCUCCAGCCAAUGUCUUCCUGCUUCAUCUUGCUGUCGCUGACCUGUUUUACAUCUUCGUUUUACCCCUCAGAGCCACUUAUCACUUAACUGGGGGACAUUGGCCAUUUGGUGAAAUUCCCUGCCGUCUUGCAGGCUUCUUCUUUUAUGUCAACAUGUAUGCCAGUUUGUACUUCCUAGCCUGUGUUGCAGGUGAUAGAUACCUUGCUGUUGUACAUGCUGUUCGUUCACUCAAGGUCAGGCGCCCUCUUUACGCUCACAUAGCCAGUUUUGCACUAUGGGCUUUGGUGAUAGUGUCUAUGGCGCCCCUACUGGUCACCAAGCAGACUGCAGAAGUCAACGGCUCUACCAUAUGCUUGCAACUGUACAGAGAAAAGGCCUCACGGCAUGCCCUCGUCUCUCUGGCCGUAGCCUUCAUGCCACCUUUCAUUGCCACGCUUUCUUGCUACCUGAUGAUAGUGAACAGUCUGCGGAAAGGUUCAAGGCUGGAGCCAGCACUGAAACUCCGAGCUCUCCGCACCAUUGGUCUGGUCAUGCUUAUCUACAUAGUGUGCUUUCUGCCCUAUCACUUAAGCCGUGCAACCUUCAUCCUGGGUUACGGACACCCAGACUUAUCCUGCCAAAUCAAACGAGGACUAGCCCUGGCUAACCGGCUUACUUCCUCUCUCACCUGCCUGAAUGGGGCUUUGGAUCCCCUGGUCUACCUGUUUGCUGCUGAGAAGUUUAGGGAAAGCGUUCGCAGAAUUUUUUGCAGAGACAAGUCAGGGGGGUCCGGCACUGCAAGCGGGGACCUGAAAGGUACACAUGAGAGCUCCCUGAACGCAAAGUCUGAGUUCUGAGCGAGCGAUUAAAAUCUUAAAGAUGGUUUGGAUAUUUUUCAUUGGAUUUAGUGAUUCGGCCUACACUUACUCAGUAUAUGGUCAAUUAAAGAUCAGGAACUUUUAACAGCCUUAUGUAUAAUAACCAAGCUUGUGAUUUGGGCAUGUUAAAGUAACUGUAUGUAAAUUUAAAGAUCAGUUACAGCAUCACUCUGUGAUGGUACACUGACUUAAGGCAAAUGGCAAAUUUUUUCCAGAAAUUAAAAAGUAUGUGACAUUUACGCGCAAUCCCGAAAUGUUAACCACUGUUUCCUCAUCGCUGUCAUUUUUGUUACGUUAAUUUUGUUAUUGAGAGGAAAGCGCGCAGCACAUUAAAUAUUCAUCACAAC